GAGAAAGAUAUGAGUAAAUUAAAAGUGAGUGUAGCAAUGGUUGAUUCUUCCAGCAGCAAUUUUAAACGUCCAUUGGCAAAUUUUCACUCAACUGUUUGGGGAAAUUAUUUCCUCUCUUACACUCCUCAACUCACGGAAAUUAGUGUCGAUGAAAAAAUUGAACUUGAAGAGUUGAAAGAAAAAGUCAAGAAAAUGCUGAUUGAAAUACCAAAUAAUUGUACACAAAAACUUGUCUUGAUUGACACAAUCCAACGACUGGGAGUUGCAUAUCAUUUCAAAAAUGAGAUUAAGACAUCCCUUCAGAAUAUUUUUGAUGAGUCAGAACAAAGUAAAAAUGAAGAUGAUGAUGAUCUUUACAUUGUUGCUCUUCGUUUUCGACUAGUGAGACAACAAAGGCAUUACAUGUCUGCUGAUGUGUUCAAGAAAUUCACAGACCAUGACGGAAAGUUCAAGAAAAAUCUUACUAAAGAUGUUCAGGGAUUAGUAAGUUUAUAUGAAGCAACACAUCUACGAGUACACGAUGAAGAGAUUCUCGAAGAAGCUCUAACUUUUACCAUCACUCAUCUAGAGUCCAUGGUCCCAAAAUUGAGCAACUCACUCAAGGCCCAUGUUAGGGAAGCCUUAAGCCAGCCCAUUUAUACAAAUCUACCAAGGUUGUUAGCAAGAAAAUACAUAGGUAUGUAUGAGAAGAUUGAAUUGUGUAACGAUUUGCUUUUGAAAUUCGCGAAAUUGGAUUUCAAUAAUCUACAAAAGUUGUAUCAAGGAGAGCUUGGCGAGCUUACAAGGUGGUGGAAAAAUUUAGACUUCGCGAAGAAAUUUCCAUAUGCAAGAGAUAGAAUGGUGGAGUGUUACUUUUGGGUAGCUGGUGUGUACAUUGAACCUCAACAUGGUCGUGCAAGAAAAAUGAUGACAAAAUUACUCACUACAUACGUCAUUAUUGAUGACACGUAUGAUGCUUAUGCAACUUAUGACGAACUUGUGGCUUUCACAAAUGCAAUCGUUAGAUGUGAUGACAUUAGUGCCAUUAAUUCAGUAUCACCCAAUUUGAGACCUGUUUAUCGAGCCCUUCUAGACCGUUAUGAUGAAAUAGAAGAAGAAUUGACCAAAGAAGAUAAACUGGAAUGUAUCUACUAUGCAAAACAAGAGAUGAAAAAAGUGGCUAGAGCAUAUCUCAAGGAAGCACUAUGGUUAAAUGAUGUCUAUAUUCCAAAAUGCGAGGAGUACAUGAAAGUUGCAAUUGUAAGUACUACUGUUAUGAUGGCUGCAACAACUUUCUUGUGUGUUAUGGAGGAAAAUAUUACCAAAGAGACAUUUGAAUGGGUGAUAAAUGAGCCUUUGAUUCUUCGAGCUUCAUUAGUAAUCGGCAGAUUAAAGGACGAUAUUAAUACAAAUAAUUUCGAACAACAAAGAAGCCAUGUAGCUUCAUUCAUUGAAUGCUACAUGAAAGAAUAUGGUGUUUCAAAGCAAGAGGCACGUGUUGAGGCUCGAAAGGAACUCACUAAUGCAUGGAAAGACAUGAAUGAAGAAUUCCUCCGCUCUUCUGAAGUACCAACAUUUGUCCUCGAACAAGUUAUAAAUUUUGCACGCUUGGCAUAUAUUUUCAAAGAGGGUGAUUUUAUAAAUACCCGAAGCGAAUUUAAGAACAUGAUUACCUUGUUGUUUGUUGAACCUGUCAAUAUUAUGUUCGAGGAUAAAUGUUGA